AACAGGCUACCCAGUGCUUUGAGGUUUACGUCAAAUACUGUUCCAAUCAGAUCUAUCAGGAUAGAGCGUUAAGAAAUCUAAGGUAAGCUGAAAAAACAGAUAGCGUUUGUAUUUUUUUAGUCAGUAGGGCCUAACUAGUCUCACCUUGCUAGAAGAGCCUUUCUUUCACUUGCUCGAUUUUGCCGUACUUGAGUGAGACUACAUCAGGGUUCGUACAGGUCAUUGGAAAACCAGGAACGGAGUCGUGGAAUCUAAGAAUUGCAUUUUCCAGGCCUGGAAAGUCAUGGAAUUUAAUUGUCGGCCUUUGAAAGUCCUUGAAAAUUGAAAUUUUGUUUGGCAGACUCGUUACUGCCGAUGACAAAUCAAGGACAAUUAACAAUUAUUCUUUGAAAUCGAGGUGAAUAGUGGCAAAAUAUUUGCCGAGCCGCGAAAGCGGCGAGGUAAAUAUUCCCAAAGCCACUAUUCACCGAGAUUGAAAAGAAUAAUUGUUUUAGUAUAUACACACGAAGUGAUCUCAACAAAAUCAGAGAGGAAACCAUUAAAAAGUACAAUUUGAUUGACAGAUCAAAUCACGCGUAAGUUUAAAAAUAGAUCUUUGUAGAAUUUUCAAACAUGGCAAUUCACAAGUUUAUCAUUUCGCCAACAACAGCGUAAUGGCUUAAAUGGAACCGAUAAAAGUUUGAACUGUUUCCUUACCUGAGAAGAAAAGUAGAGCUUUGUUUUUUUCUGUUGACUCGCCAAGUUUAUAGCCAAAAGGGCUUGUUGUGUCGUUCUUCGCAUGAAGUGCUGACAAAAAUGGCCGGCUCGGUUGCUCGAGGUAAGACGUCGUCUUCCUGUAUCAUUCUUUUUCCCGUUAACUUGAAACGUAGAAUUUCUGCAAACAUUUCCUUUUAAAUUUGUUUGUCAUAAAUAAACUUCGAUUUUUGAGCCAAAAUUUUCUUCUUAGAAAACGCUGAGUUCACGAAACGGCUUCUUCUACGCGAAUACACGGGAGUUGUAAACAAUCCAUCGAGCACAAAACUCAGCUACAGUAAAUUGAAAAACGCCGUAUUGAAUCCUUCCAAGUCUUUUCUUGCCUUUAAAAAAGUCAGCGCUAGGAUUUUGUCGACUUUUAAAAGAUUGUUCUCUAAAAAAAGGGGAAAAACACCGAGCUCACACAUUAUCCACUCGCUAGGAGGUGAAUAUUGUUGAAUAGUCCGAGAUAGCGAACCAAUCAGAUUGCUUAAAUCACCAAGAUCACUGAGUUUGUAUAUACUAAUGUAAGAUAGAGCGAAGUGACUGAACAGCGCAAACGGCACUCAUUUUGCUGGACACCAGAGUUUGUGUCUGUUGAACUGUUUAAGGUCGGAAAUACCCUAAAACACAAAAGCUUUAAAAAUAAGUGACAGCUAAAGCUAAGGUCAUAGAAAAAGUCAUGGAGAGUCCUGAAAUUUGAGGAGCUCAAAAGAGUACGAACCAUGCCGCAUGAAUAGAGCAAAAUCUUUGUUGAGCAGCUUGAUGCUAGGAUACAGCUUCAAACCCAGGCUUAAUGUCUGUGUGCUAAGUACAGCGGGCUCAGUCACGACCACCCGAUAGACGGAUGUUCGCACUCAAAAACCGGUUUGACAAAAAAUCAACAUUUACUCGUCCAGAAAUUUAGGUUUCGGCGACUUCAAAGGCUUUACGCGAUUCAGGCAGAGCCUUUUUUCUCCUCCUCACUCUAUAAGGCAAAAAGGGGCUCUACUCACAGGGUGAACCAAUCUAAAAACAACUGGUGCAAGCAAGAACAACAAAUAUUAAACAGCUGUUAUCGUAAGAAGCAGCGCAGUGGCGGAUCCAGACCUUCAGAUAAGGGGGGGGGGAGGGGCGGUCAUCCAGAUCUUGAGAUAAGGGGGUGCCGCUCUCACUCGUUAGUGUCUUUCACGAGUGUCUCAACUCGGAUCAUAGAAAGAAAAAUAAAAUCAGUCGUCGUCACUUACCUUUCACCCGCCAUUUUGUUUUUUUCUCAAGAACUCGUGGUUGCGUAAAUUAACUUUAUUUUUAUUUUUAUUAAUUUUAAUGAUACAUUAGUGAUCAGCACACAUACACUUCCAGUGAACAUUUUCAACUUGGAACAAAAGACAUUUUCAUGCCCCGGGCGAGAAUCGAACUCGCGACCCGGCUUCAUUUUGCCAACAAGUCGAUGAUUGGACGCUCUUAAAAAUAACUGAGAAAAUUAUCCAAAGAAAUGUUUUUUAACAAAAGAAAAAGAAACCCGGGUUAAGCGCUGAUCGGCCUUCAAACGCCCAGUAAAACAUCUAUUGCGCCAGUAAAACAAAAAGUUCUUUUUACACGCCCGAAGCACUCUGGCCAGUGUCUCCUCAAAUAACAAGCACAUGAGACGAACCAUACGAUAGCACGCUGAUCACUAGCCUUCAAAACCUUUUCAUUAUGAUACACAGUUUAAAUGGAGGUUUCGCUGUACGCAACCCUUGCGUUCAAAACUACCAUAAUCAUAGUUAUCUAUCGCAAGAACCAUCCACCCUUUCCCCUCAACUGCUACCUGUACGCCUAGCAAACGUAGCGAACGCACUCUCCUAAGCUCCGAUUACUCCUAGUCACUAUCAGUAAAUCAUUCGUAUGAGUAGCCAUGUAAUCAUAUCCUUUUCAGAUCUACCCAGUGUGGUUAUAACUGGUGGAACCUCCGUCAAAACAGUUUCAGUAGGAAAGAAUUUGACUCUAGAAUGCAUCGCGAAUGGAACCCCACAACCAGAAAUACAAUGGACCAGCGUCGAUGGUCUGCUUCCAGAGGGACCCAUUUCAAAAGGAGGACAGCUGAUUUUUCCGCGCGUGCGGCUUGCCUAUGGUGGUGUAUAUAGGUGCAAAGUCACUAACAGUGCUGGCUCUGUGCAAUCUGAAGUAGCCAUCUUUGUGCAAGGUUGGUGUUUUCUGUUUGUUCUUUUCUGCUGUUACCUUUCACGUUUACUGGUCUGUAAAAGAAAUAAAAGCUAAUGCAAGUAAAGCUAAAAAACGCUCGAAAUAUUUGACCCUCAUUUGCAAAGACAUCCACAUUUGUGGGGAAAAGGAAUGGUUCACUGGUUUGUCAACCGAGUUGAUAAGCCACGAUAAUAAGACAAGAUAAAAAGGCGAAAGCUGGCGAUUUAGUGUCCUCAUGUCAGACCAAGUGAGGAAGGCAUGGAAACAUAAGCCUGCUUUAAAUCUUACUGCCGUAAACCAAAAUGACCUUAUCCGAUUGAAUUUUUUGGAACUACCACCCAACCACCCCAACCUUACGGUUACAACUAAUAUCCAUCUGCAAAGAUUGUGCAGUUUUAUGACGAUGUUACUAUUAAACAUUGUGUUAUUAACUCGAGUGGCAAGACUGUACUCUAUUGACUCUUAGAGACCCCCAAGGUCAUGGUUACUCCACAGAAGUCACGUGUGAAAACCGGUGAGACCGUGCAAUUCACUUGCAUCGCUAGCAGCUCCCCGUCACCAGACCUAACAUGGCGGAAAGUUAACGGAUCGCUUCCAGUCAGCAGUACAGUGCAAAGAGGAGUUCUAAAGAUUGCCAAUGUGACUCAAAAGGAUGCUGGGAGUUACAAUUGUGAAGCCAAAAAUGUUGAAGGAUCGGCUAAUAGAAGUGGAAUUUUAGAAAUUAAAGGUAAGGUAUCAAAGGGUCGGUUCUUUGGAAGUAAUUUUACUUUAACCUCCCUCCUUGUUUCAUGUCUUGAUUUUGACGAAUUUUGGAGCAAAAAUUUUACAGUGGCUUUCCUCCUAUACAUUUUUCCUGAUGCAAUUUCAGCGCGAAAAGCUACGAAUGUUCUUGCGGUGAUGAUGAGGGUUAGUUUGGGGAGUUUCUGCUAAGCACACUUCGCGCCAAUGACAAGAAGACACCUUUGCUAUGAUAUUUACUCUAACCAUAACUUAGUAAUGGUCACCAACCAUUUGUAUCUCUACCUUUUCUUUAUCUCUUCUUAGUGACCGUUCCACGAUUGACACAGGAACCUCUGUCCUACCUCAGUGUACAGACAUUAACAGACGAGCCACUUAAUUUCACGGUUGAAAUUGUGUUCAUACCGGAGAUGGCGGAUGGGCCGAUUCUGUUCAACGAUCAGCUAACAAAUGGCUCUGUUGGAGACUUCAUUUCAUUUGGAAUGUCAGACAGAUUUGCUGAAUUUAGGUAAUGGGGUUGUAUUCACAAACAGGGACGAAGAGAAUCCUUCUUGAUCCUCGCCAGUAGUCCUGUGAGGCUUAGCUCUAGCAGGAGUCUGCCCUCGCAAGCUAUUUUUUCCAUAAAGCCUUUGGUUACUCACAAAUCUUUUGUCGAAGUCAUUUGAAAACGAAUGCAAAAAUAGGAUCUGAAUUAAUUUUGUUACUGUAAAACCCUGAAACAGCAAGGUAACCAGACUAUCGUAUUACUAACCAAGUCUAUCAUAUUCCAUCUUGGCUGCAGUCAUAUAGCCAAGCCUUAAAGCGGAGCUUCCAUUUAAUACAACACUUUAUGUUCCGGUUUGGGGGUUGCAUCAUGCAUUCUGACUGUUCCAGUGACUUAUUCCAAGAGCCGCAUCACGUCAUAUGUAUCAACAUACUUAGCACGAACACAUCAUUAUAAGAUGGGGUAGUUUACUUGCAGAUUGUGUGUUGGUUGGACUUAUAAUCCUAUUGUCAAUUUUUACAAGUGUAAUAUAAAUGUGUAGCCAUUUUCCGUGAGCACAGAUUGAAGAAAAAAGACUCCGCUUCAGCGCAAGCCUCCCACAUAUACUCUGGGCUCCGUUGCCCCAGGCUAACAAAGUAUACUUGAAUAUCUCCUCCCUGGUGAAGCUGACCCGGCACAUUAGAGAGUAUUACGAUGUUUUUUUUUCGAAAUGGGCUAUAUCCACGUUGUAGUGGCUGUGCAUGUCGGUUUAGGCUUAAAACAUUCUUGAUCUUAACCUAACUGUGAUGCACAUGUUAUAAUCCAGUUUUAUCCUUGGUUGAUAUUUUUUUCCUUUUUUGGAAGUAUGGUAACGUAAGAAAAGAGUCUGAAACAAACUAAAUUAAAUAUAAACCAAGGUCAAAAUUGAAGAGAACUUAUCCGUAUUUAGAUUCAACCUUGGCUUUGAGCCUGCAAUCAUUCGAAGCCGGCAACCAUUGAGCCUGUAUGAGUGGCACAGAGUCGUCUUAUCACGUACCAGGAAGGAAGGAAAUCUCACC